AUGUCCGAUCGAGGACAACGAGGCACGCGUGGCCGCGGCGGAGGCUACGACCGAACCGGCCGUGGCGCACCCCACCAUGGCAGAGGUGGCGCAUCUGGUGGCGGUGCAUCACAGCAUCAAACCGAGAAGCCCAAGAAGGAGAAUAUCCUCGACCUCAGCAAGUACAUGGAUAAGGAAGUCCAUGUCAAGUUCAAUGGUGGUAGGGAGGUCUCCGGUACAUUGAAGGGUUAUGAUCAGCUCAUGAACCUGGUCCUCGAUGAUGUCAAGGAGGUCAUGCGCGAUGAUGAGGGCAACGAAACAACCCGCCCUCUUGGUUUGAUUGUCGCGCGUGGCACCCUGAUCGUGCUCAUAUCGCCUGCUGAGGGUAGCGAAGAGAUUGCCAAUCCGUUCUUGCAAGCGGAGGAAUAA